AUGAUGACGGAAAGAAUUGUCGGUACUACAGCUUACAUGGCUCCUGAAGCCCUGCGAGGAGAGGUCACUAUAAAGUCUGAUAUAUUUAGUUUUGGCGUGGUAUUACUAGAAGUAAUCUCAGGACUCCUGCCAUUUGAUGAGAAGCGAGACCCACCAUUAUUGCUUGACAUUAAAGAAGAAAUUGAGGAGGAGGAAAAAACUCUUGAAGAAUGUGUGGACAAGAAGAUGGGAGAUGUGGAAUUCAGCUUGUUAGAAAAAAUGUACUGCCUUGCCAGUCAGUGCUUGAACAAAUGAAAAACAAAAGGCCAAACGUUAUCACAGUGCUGCAUACUCUGGAGGAUAUUACCUCUUCUUCAUCUUCUGCUUCCUGA